AUGGAAAAUCAAAAACAAUCAGAAUCAAAUAAUAUUGAUAACAACAACAAUUCAUCAUCAUCAUCACCAUCAUCUCCAGUAUUUAAAACAAUUUUUGAAAAUUUGCCAAGUGAUGUAAAGGAAAGAAAACAAUACAUUUACCAAAUUAAAAAAGCUCUUAAAGAUGAAAAAAGAAAAUUAAAAGAAUCAAAACCUGAAAAGUAUGCUAAACAUUGCAAGCGUGAAAAACAUGAAAGUCAUCAUUUCCAUGGUCUCCACUUCCAUCCAGAGCAUCAAUUCGGAGGACACCACUUUGGUGGUCAUCAUCACCAUCAUGGUGGUCAUCAUCAUCAUGGUCAUCAUCAUGGCCAUCACCAUGGUGGUCAUCACGGACAUCAUUUCGAAGGUCGUCACGGUCAUUCUCAAGAUAUUCAAGGUUGUAGUACUCCAAAUAAAAUUAACCUUUUAAAUAAAAAAAAACAAGUUUUAAUUGCUAAAACCCAACUCCUUGAAGCAAAAAUAGCCACAUUGAGUGAAAUCAACCAAAAUAAAACUAGCACACCACCACCAACUUCAAUUGAAUCAGUUGUUGGAACUUUUAGUCAAAUGUAA